GUACUCACUUUGAUAUCGGCUGCUGUCUUUGUAUUAAUGAAUUUGGUGUAAAUCCACUAUAAAAAAAACCAUACUUUGUACACUAUCUCGGUUCGGUGUAGUCGCGAACAAAAGUUGAACAUAGGAAUGUAACUUGUUUGUUUACAAUAUACCGACAAUAGACAUCGACAUUGUAGAAGGCAAGUCAAAGAAGAAAAACCUAGACGAAAUGCCGGGCACGAUUAUAGAGAAUUUAAGUGGUAGAAAAUUGAGUGUUUUGAUCACAGUUUUCCUGAUAUGCCAAUUGGCAUGCUUCUUAUUGGGAUUAAUAGCUCCAAGUCCAGCUAAAACUCAAACAAUCCUUUCAACAGUGUGUGCCGAUCCGAAUCCUGGAUCAACUGAUAUAGACCGGUGGAUUACAAUACCUUGUUUAAAAGUUGAAUUGUCUGAUAAAAAAGCAACAUCUAAUCUAGACGCAAAUGGAUUGGUGUUUGUUAUGGAGAUGCCUUUACAGAAAUUGGAUUAUUCCCGUUGGCAACAGAACUUAGUCGGGAUAUUACAAAUCGACGUGGUUUAUCAAAAUGAACGAAGAAUUUUGAACCCUCUAAUAGAAUUAACUUUGGAUUCCCGUUUGGCAUAUAGUGACAAAACACCUAACGGCGGACGAACUCCAUGGAAAUAUUAUUCGCACGCCGAAGAAAAGAGAUACAUGAAUUGUACUUUCGACGACGAUUCUAUCAGAGAAAAACACGGUUAUCCUUAUAAUUGUACAAUGGUACCUCUAUUCGAAUUAGGAUCUUUAUAUCACGAUUAUUAUUUACUUAAUUUACGAUUACCUUAUAAUUAUACGACUAAAAAGAAUGUCGGUUUGGGUAAAGUUGAAGACAUAUACCUUCACACUAUUUACAUGAACGGCGGUUUUACUAAAAUUUGGGUAAGUUUGAAGACGUUCUUCUUCCCCAUUCUCUUGGCAAUCAUGAUGUGGUUCUGGCAGAGGGUACAUAAAUUGAAUCGCACCCCUGUUUUGUUAGAGUACAUGCUCAUUACUUUAGGUGGUACAUUGGCGUUUCUAAAUCUCCCAAUCGAAUUUUUCAGUUUAUAUUUUGACAUGCCGUAUAUGUUGUUAUUGAGCGAUAUACGUCAGGGUGUUUUUUACGCCGCUCUAUUAUCUUUUUGGUUGAUUUUCGCUGGAGAACACAUGCUGAUUCAGGAAAACUUGGAAAAGAAUUCGAUAAAAAGAUAUUGGAAACAUUUGAGUACGAUUAUCGUCGGUUGUACUUGUUUGUUGAUAUUCGAUUUAUGUGAAAGGGGUACCCAAUUGAUUAAUCCGUUUUAUUCCAUAUGGGUGACGCCUAUCGGUACGAAUCUGGCUUUGGGUUUCAUCAUUUUAGCCGGAAUAUCCGCGGGGCUUUACUUUUUCUUCCUUUGCUACAUGGUGUGGAAGGUUUUCAAAAAUAUAAGUAUAAAAAAGACCGUUCUUCCGAGUAUGUCACAGGCGAGACGGUUACAUUACGAAGGCAUCAUCUACCGGUUCAAUUUCCUAAUGUUGGCGACUUUAAUUUGUGCCGCUAUCACCAUUAUAUCCUUCAUAUUAUCCCAAGUCGACGAAGGGCAAAGCAAAUGGGACGAAACUAUGGAUUUGGAAUUAUCUUCGGUAUUACAUACCGGGGUAUACGGUAUGUGGAACAUAUACAUAUGCGCCAUGUUGAUUUUAUAUGCACCAAGCCAUAAACAAUGGCCUGCAGAUCCGAUGUCUAUCGAUGGUGAAGAAAUCGAAUUUAAUCGUUUACCAGUCGAAUGUAGUUCUAACGAAAUAUCAGCGCUAACCAGUUUCGCAACAAAAUCUAAUAUCGAGUAAUUCAUCUAAUUACUUCAAUUAUAUUUGUUAUGUGGGUAUAGGAAAUGAAUCUUCACAUAUUCACUUCUACGCGUUGAAAGUUUUUUAAUAAAUCGUCCAUAACAUCUUCAUCAUUUUCACUUUUUUUAUUUUUUACAAAAACUUCUUCCAAGCAGCUUUUUUGUUGACAUCUAAGAGACUUCCAAACUGAGGAUCUCUUAUAACUCAAUGGAUCUGUGGGCCUCUCUCCUCCAUAAUAUUUGAGACUCCAAAUAGCCUGAAUGGACACGGAUAGUUGGGUGAAAGGAUCCUUACUAAGUGGAGAAAAAAAUAUAGGCCUAUGAAUAGGCCUAUAAGACCAGUUGAGAUGUUUAUUUGGUUGCAUUGUUGUCUAUCAGGUUUCCAAGUCUGUUACUGUUAUUUGAAAGCAUCAGAAUGCAUCUCUAUUCUUGUUUAGAGUUUUCACAGAGUCCCAGUUAAAUGUUUUGUAGGAUGUUACUUAUCCUCAGAGUCAUAUCUAUUUCUCUAUUCAUCUCGCACUUUCCCGCCUCCAAAUAUUUUCCUGAUGACUUUUCUUUUGAAUCUUCUUAAUCUUUGUUUGUCCUACUCCAUCAGCACCAAGAGUCUAUUGGACGAAGAAGAAGUUUGUUCUUUAGUAUUAGUUGGCACCAGCUUUUAUUCACUUCUUGAUGGCUAUUGAGCAGGUUGCAUUGUUGUCUAUCAGAUAUCCAAAGUGAGACUUUGACCCAACGUUCAUCCUAGAUAUUUGGCCUCUUUUUGUCCAAUGGAUUUCUUCUUUGAUUUUUAAGUUCCGGGUUGGUGGAUGGUUCUACAUACUUCUUCAAUUUCAGUUUAAAUAUUUUUUUGCAAUAAAAAUGAUUUUGGUUAAUAUUGAAAGUGAACUGACUGCGCACACACAGAUUGACGAGGCAUUCAUUAUUAUUUACAUUAUGUAGCUUUUAUUUGAAGUGAAUUGGACAACUAUUUAUAUUUAAUUAAUAUUAAAACCUUGCCAGUAUUUAUAUUAUUUGGUACUUAACUUUGUUCGCCGUUUAGGGUCAAUAUGUUGAUGAGACUCGAACUUUAUAUAACUGCACAGGAGUCUCCCUCUUAACACAUAUCGCAGCGAAUGAAAAUAGUUUACUCAAGUAUAUUAUAUUUUUUUAUUAUUUAUGUGUAAUUUAACUUUUCUAACCGCAAUUAUUUAAAUAAAUGUAAUGUCAUAAUGUGUCA